AUGUGCACAGUAAAAAGUUUGUUUAAAAAUGUAAAAGAAGGUUCAUUGAAUCUGGAAUAUGAAAAAGUUUUCAAUCAGUCAGUAAAUUCAAUACUUCAAGAACAAAAUGAUCGCCAAAAUAAUAUUGGUUGUUCUAUAAAAACUUGUGAUGCAAAAAAAACUGUUGAAAUUUACUCAACCCGAAUUGAACCAGUUGUAACUAUAACUCAAUUUAAUACACAGAAAGAUUCAUUAGGUACUACAGAACACUCAAUUAUCCAACUAGAAACAAAAACUAAUAAAGUAAAGAAUGAAAUUAUUGAAACUAAUGAUGCAAUUAUUCAAAUAGAACAAGAGGAUAAUUGUGAGCAUGCAGUGAAAGAUUCUACAAUAAAAACAUUUAAUAACUUGAUGACAGAUUUAAAUGUUGUUACUAAUGCAGUUCCACACUUAGAUGAACCCACUAAACAUAUAAGAAAAAACAUUAUUAGCUCUGAAGUAGAAUGUCGUCGUAAUAUAGAAGAAAAAAAAGCUAAACGAAUUAUUACAACAGCUGAUCUAAAUUAUCCUACACAAGAAGAAUUUAAUAGUAGGGUUGUUAAGUACUUACCUACUAAUACAAGAAGAGAAGAAAUGAAUUAUAUUGGUAAUUUUAGAUGGAAGCAGGCCGUAGAAAAAUUAAUUGAUAUUCAAAAAGAAGAUCAAAUAUUUGUGGUUGGAGGUCUUUAUACUGAUAAAACGGAAGCUAGAGACAUUAUCUCUGGAUUAUAUGUCAGGUAUACAUUGAUCUCUAAUGAAUUGACUGCAUACCACGACUCAAUAAUACAACCACAAAUUAGAAUUUUGAUUAAAAAACUGUUAAUUCCUUUAUUUGGAAGAUUAAUGGAAUUAAAACAAAUUUUAAUGGAUGGAGAUUUAUCAAUUUAUACUCCAGUGAUUGAGACAUUAAAUAAAAUGAAAGUGCAGUAUAGUUCAUUUGAACUCAUAUUACCAAAGUAUUUUCAAAAUGACAGAAGAUUAUUCUUAAAUGAAAUAAACAGUAAAAUUGAUAAAAUAUAUAACAAAAUGGAACAAGAGAAUGAAAUCGAUAUUCUUAGUGAAGUUGAUGAGAAUGAGAAAACAGAGGAAAGUUCUAUAAUAUAUCUAAAACGGGAAGAAUCUUCAGUAUCGGAAUUUGAUGUAACAACGUUUAAGUCUAUGGAAGAAAUGACACCGGCGAGAUUUCAAAAGGUUACAGAAGAAGACUUGGAAAGAACUCAAGCUUUGUUGUUUAUACAAAAACAUAUAAGGGCAUCACGAGAUCGCAUUUAUGCUAAUGAAUUGUUAUUUCAACAAAGAAGCCGACAAAGAAUUUUAAGUGGUCAAUACAUACCACCUAAAAAAGAACAAGCACAUAAAUAUGCAAUCAAAAUUCAACGUUUUUGGAGAGGUUUUCGGUUAAAAAGAAAAUUGAAACCCCAAGUAAUUGGGAUAAAAAUAAGAAGAAAACAUAAACCUAGUGGUAUACAAAAACUAGUUGAUCUAAAAGAUUUAAAACUCGAAAAAGAUACUUUUCGAUCACUUCAGAUGCAAUCAGCAAAUAAAUUUUGGAAGGCUAUAGAAAGAGCUCAGAAUAAUUUGAAUAUAUACAACAAAGAUGAUAUCAUGGAUGAAAUUAAAGAUGAACUUAGAAAUUAUAUAUGGAAUUAUUUUGAAUAUUGCACUCAUUUGCCUACAUGGCCUGAUCUAACCCCCACAAUAUUUGAUAACGAUGAUAUACUUGGGUUACCGCCAAUCGUGUUGACGGAUGGUGUAUUAAAAUCGCUAAAAAUUCCAAAAAUUCAGUACUCGUCAGCUCUAAAUCAACGAAUACCGUUAGGAGGUUCUGCUGUUUUUCAUACUGGUCGUUGGAUGACAAUAGAAAUGGGUAAAAUAUUAGCAACAAUAAUUGUGAACCUUGAAGAAAAAACGCCUAAAGAAAAAAUUAAACUUAUAAAAGAAAAAGCUAAACGACAAAAUAUCGAAAAAAAUAAGUUUAUUGCUCAACAGAAAAAUGAAGAAAAAUUGAGACAAGAAAAAAGAACCUUGGGAAUUGUUCCAGAACCAAGCGAGUUUAAAGAAAUGUUUAAAGAAGUAUUUGAUGAAUACGUUGGUAAUUGGAAAUUGUUUGAAGGUAAAUUAGAUAGAGGAUAUCGAGAGGAUUUGAUAACUGACGAUGUGUACGCUAACGCAAAAGUUCAUUUGAGAGCUGAAGUAGAUGGAACUAUUGUCAAUGAAUUAGAAAAUCUAAAAGCCUUAUUUGCUCGAGAUAGAGGUGCUACGUUACGGUAAAAAGUAUAAGCAACUUAAAAUUAAAGAAAAAAGUAUACCCAAAAAAAAAAAAAAAGAGAGUAAACUACCUGAACCAGGAGAAAUAUUUGAAGAACUUGUUCGAAAUGGAAUAAUAAAAAAGACAAUAAAAGCAAAAUUUGAUGAGUUUAAGGGUGAAGUUUCAUUCAGUGCUAACAGAUUAUGGUCAGAACCAUACUUUAUGGACCAACCUUAUGGACUUGGUGAUGUUCCUCAAAUAUUAAAAGAAUUAUGUAUUUUUGGUUUAUCUUGUCCAGAACUACGGAAUUGUAAAAAUAUCGAGUUUGCUUCCACAAUUCUAAUCGCCGGACCGGAAAAAUCUGGAAAGACUUUAUUAACUGAUGCUAUUUGUUGGCAUACCAGCUCAAUGAAGAUUCAUCUCAAUUAUAAAAAUAUAUUUGAAAAUUAUCCUAGCAAAAAAGAUGUUACUAGAUUAGCUGGCAUAGUAUCAAAAGUGUUACUUGAUAUUACAAAAACUCUAAUUGUGUUUAAAUAUCAUCUAUUUAUUUGUAUAGCUAGCCAAGGAAUAUCAACCAGCUGUAAUAGUUUUAGAUAUGAUAGAUGUCUCGUUUUAUAAGAAAAUUCCAAAAGAGUUGAAGAAAUUCAAUCCUAAACUAGUAUCAAUUUUUCUUGGAAAGUUUCUUAAAACUUUAGUGAAAACCGAUAGAAUUAUAAUAGUUGGGAAUGCAAGAAGUCCUUGGUUAUGUAAAGAAGAAAAGCUCGUGUGUAGUAUAAUUUACUAGCUAGUUUUUUGAAACCAUAAUUUUAAUUUUAUUCAUUACUGUGGAAACUUGCAUUCUUAUUCCUGUUUAUACCAUAUUUGGUAUAUUUUAUAAUUAUAUUUUUAUAGAUACCAGUAUUUGGCAAAAUAUUAUUUACUGUAGCUGAUUAUAGCUCGACUUUAAUGCACUUGUACAACAUACUAAUGGCUUACCCAGCAAUUAAUCGCGAUUUCCCGGUUACUGCGUUAGCUAUUGUAUUGAACGGCUAUCCAUUAUACAUAAUUUCUGAAAUGGUAACUGAAGUGCUAACAUUAGAAAGACUACUAACACUUAAGCAUAUACCACUGGAUGCUAAAGAAUUUAUACCAGUUAUAUUGUCUAAACCAAAAGUUAAUCCAUCACUCUAUCACAAUUGGUAUAAAUUAAAGGAACCGCUGGCUAUUAAAAAAUCAUUGAAACUGUUGGCAGAUUCACAGACAAAAAAAGAAAAAAAGAAAUAGAACAACAAAUAUAUUAUUUAUGUAUUUAUUUUUUUAAUUGUAAUAAUACAAAAAUAAGGUUCUAUGUGGAUGUAUAUUUAUAAUGUAUAUAUACUGACCAAGUUUGGGUAUGUUUGGGAAUUUGGUCAAUUGGUGAGCAACGAGGUUCUAUCGAGGUUGUAGAGUCCGAGAGUUUAGAACAAUAAAGACAAGUAGAUAUGAAAAGAAAUAAUUAAAGUUCCUCUUAUAGAGAUAUUAUUAAUGACC